AUGGGUUUUUCUGAUCUACUGAACCCUCAGAACCCAGAGUCAACUCCUUCGACACCUGCGAACAAGUCAUCGGCUCCCUCCACCCCAUCAACUGGACAGUCGAACUCAAACAUGACCUCUGUAAGCCUGCUGCCUCCCCUGAUGAAGGGAGCGCGUCCGGCGAACGAAGAGCCCCGUCAGGAUCUUCCUCGACCUUACAAAUGUCCUCUGUGCGACCGCGCAUUCCAUCGUCUGGAGCAUCAGACCAGACACAUCCGCACUCACACCGGCGAGAAGCCGCACGCCUGCCAGUUCCCUGGUUGCACAAAGCGCUUCAGUCGAUCCGAUGAACUCACACGCCACUCGAGAAUUCAUAAUAAUCCAAACUCGAGACGCAACAACAAGGCUCAGCACCUGGCCGCCGCCGCCGCCGCUGCCGCAGCAAAUCAAGACAAUGCUUUGGCCAGCAACGCUGCGUCAAUGAUGCCACCUCCCAGCAAGCCCAUCACACGAUCUGCGCCUGUCUCGCAGGUCGGCUCUCCCGAUAUCUCUCCCCCUCAUUCGUUUUCCAAUUAUGCGGGCCAUAUGAGAUCGAAUCUGGGACCUUAUGCUCGCAACAGCGAUCGUGCAUCUUCGGGCAUGGACAUCAAUCUGCUGGCUACGGCCGCUUCUCAGGUCGAGCGUGAUGAACAUUAUGGAUUCCACAAUGGCCCGCGCGGGCAUCAUAUCUUCGGCUCACGUCAUCACAACAGCAACCGCCUCCCGUCGCUCUCGGCGUACGCUAUCUCGCAAAAUAUGUCGCGCUCACACUCGCACGACGAGGACGAUAUGUACUCGCAUCGCGUCAAGCGUUCGAGACCCAACUCUCCCAACUCGACAGCUCCCUCUUCACCUACAUUCUCUCACGACUCUCUUUCUCCUACCCCCGACCACACUCCGCUGGCGACGCCUGCCCACUCUCCGCGGUUAAGGCCCCUCGGUACCAGCGAGUUACAACUCCCUUCAAUUCGUCACUUGUCACUUCAUCAUACACCCGCCUUGGCUCCAAUGGAACCGCAGCCCGAGGGACCCAACUACUACAGUCCUACUCAGCCCCAUGUUGGUCCUAGUAUCAGUGACAUCAUGUCGAAGCCGGACGGGACGCAGCGCAAACUCCCCGUUCCCCAGGUACCCAAGGUGGCCGUCCAGGACCUGUUGAGUCCUGGCUUCACAUCAGUGUCGUCCUCGGCCAGUAAUUCCGUCGCCGGCGGUGACUUGGCGGACCGUUUCUAG